CGACGUUCCGAGUGACGCUCUGGUCAUGUAGUUGGCUUUUCUCGGAAUCCAUGUGAUCUAGAGAGAUCGAAGACUCUUGCUGUUACUCUCCCAGUUUUGUUUGUCUAUUUCUUUCAGUAGAAUCACGAAGGAGCGAGUCUCUCUCUCUCUCUCUCUCUCUCUCUCUCUCUCCCGUUUGAGUAGAUCUAUGCUCACAGGACCCUUUUCUGCCUGUCUCGCUGCUGUCAAGGAUUCCUAUAGGACGAGACUUCUGGUUGCUCGUUGCCUGAAAGGUCGUACUGGUUGACGAUCAAUCGUUCAUGAUCCAAGAUGAACGGACAGAGACAGCUGGAGCUCCACUAUAUAGAUACUGGGUUUCCUUACACCGUGACAGAGAGUUUCAUGGACUUGUUUGAAGGCCUCUCGUACACUCAUUCGGAUUUUGGGGUCGCGGAGACUUCACAUAAUGAGGGAAACUCAUAUUGGUCACUCUAUGUUGAUCCAAACAAGCCGGGCCUGCCUGGUCAUAGUAGCAAUACAUUUUAUACUCAUGGUUACAUGUCUGGGAUGAAUGACUAUGGUAUGAGAAGUGAUGAAAGCCGAAGAACAUGGGGAAACUACUCCGUGGCAAAUUAUGAUGAACCGCUGGCAUUUUUAAUGCAUGGAAAUGGUAGCUCUGAAUUGACAUCAACGAAUGGUCUUGCUCAUAUCGAGGAAUGCAACCGAGUAAACCAUGUGGCUAGUAGUUCACAGGCAGUAUGGGAAGACAAUAUCGAUCCCGAUAACAUGACCUAUGAGGAAUUGUUAGACCUUGGUGAGGCAGUUGGCACCCAAAGCAAGGGCUUGCCAAAGGAGAUCAUUUCGACCCUUCCAAUUUCAAAGUACAAAUGCAGUAUCUUCUCAAGAAAAAGAACACGGGAAAGAUGUGUUAUUUGUCAAAUGAACUACAGAAGAGGUGAUAUGUGCAUGACUCUGCCAUGCAAGCAUAUAUACCAUUCAGGUUGUGUCUCCAGAUGGCUCAGUAUCAACAAGGCCUGUCCUGUUUGCUUUGUUGAGGUUUCUGGCACAGGAAGGAAGCAGUGAAUCUUCUCUUGGAUGUAAUUGAGGAAGGAGGGGGGAUUUCUAGCCCUGUAUCUGCAUGGGCGGUGAACUGGACUUCUAACGUGUUCCUUCUGCUUCACGAAAGAGAAUGAAUAUGAGCGUGAAUGUUGUGGGGUGUAUUCGAUUGCACAGGUGGUUCGUCUUCUGAUUUUCUUUUUCCUUUUCUGUUUCUAACUUUUUAAACAAUCUCGAGCAGGAGUUCAGUAGACAGGAGGGUUGGGUUUGCUUGCUUGGGCUUUCUGAGGGCGCUUCUUUAUCUCAUCUUUUUCUUUGCUUCUCUCACUUUUCCUCGUUAUAUUAAAAGGAAUAAUGCCAGUGUCUUCAAUACUCUCAA